GGUCUAUGUCCGCUAUCCGGCGGUGUUGUGCGUCCUGCCAGUCUAUACUUAAAACACAGGCCUCCGUACGUGUGACGUGACCCGUACGUGACCCUGCAUCCUCUUCGCGCAAUGCUCUCAUCCCUCCGGAAAGCCCGCACCCUCACACGGGCUGCGUCUGCAGGUCAGAGGCGCUUUCUUUCCAUCCACGAAUACCAAUCCGUGAAAUUGCUCAACUCUUACGGUAUCCCCACCCCGAAGAGCAUUGCUGCGAAAACUCCCGAAGAGGCAUUCGAUGUCGCAAAGAACUUUGGCCAGGACCAACUGGUCAUCAAAGCCCAGGUCCUUGCCGGCGGAAGAGGAAAGGGCCACUUCGAUACCGGUCUGCAGGGCGGUGUGCAUAUGAUUAGCAGCCCAGAACAGGCGCAGGACUUCGCGUCGAAGAUGAUCGGGUCCAAGCUCAUCACCAAGCAAACUGGUGCCGGUGGGCGGUUGUGCAACGCCGUCAUGCUGGCGGAGCGCCGCAACCCGACGCAUGAGUACUACGUCGCAGUCUUGAACGACCGUGUUUCUCAGGGCAUCGUUCUUGUCGCGUCUGCUCAGGGUGGUAUGAACAUCGAGGAAGUCGCAGCGAAGGACCCGGAUGCUAUCAUCACGACUCCCAUCAACUACGAGACUGGGCUCACGAACGCCGAGGCGCUGGGGGUGGCCACUAAGCUCGGGUUCAAAGAUGGCGCUAAGGAGCAGGCUGCUGACAUCUUCACCAACCUUGUCAAGAUUUUCAAGGAGAAGGAUGCUACCCAAAUCGAGAUCAACCCUAUGGCUGAGACCGAAGAUGGUGCUGUCCUCUGCAUGGAUGCUAAGUUCGGGUUCGACGACAAUGCCAGCUUCCGCCAGCAAGACGUCUUUGCUCUCCGUGAUAUCACUCAAGAGGAGGCAUCUGAAGUGGAGGCUGCCAAGUACGACCUCAACUUUAUCAAGCUGGAUGGCAGUGUCGGAUGUCUUGUCAACGGGGCUGGAUUGGCUAUGGCCACCAUGGACGUGCUUUCCUUACAUGGCGGCAACCCCGCCAAUUUCCUUGACGUCGGAGGAGGUGCUACCCCCGAAACUGUCAAGAAGGCUUUCGAGAUUUUGCUUGCCGAUCCGAAAGUGAAAUGUAUCUUCAUUAACAUCUUUGGAGGAAUUAUGCGUUGUGAUUAUAUCGCUGAGGGUGUCAUCAAGGCUACCAAAGAGCUCUCUCUGAAGAUUCCUCUCGUUGUCCGUCUGAAGGGCACCAAAGAAGCCGAGGCCAAGCAGAUGAUCCGGGAUUCCGGGUUGAAGAUCAUCGCGUUUGACGGAUUAGACGAUGCGGCUGAGCGUGCUGCUCAGUUGGCUGCAGCUUAGAUGUCGAUUGUAUAUAUGUCUUGUGAAUCAACGGAAAUGUUGCAAAAUCUGAUAUAUACACACGAAAGAAGAAAAAGAGAAUAAUGCUAAUUCACCAAGGGGGGCGUGCGAACGAAUUUGAGGGAGGCGGGUUGUACGCGUGGCCGUUGGGCAUCCCAUUGGGCGGCAUUGGGGGAUGUCCGUUCUGACCGGGCAUAUACCCACCCACCGGGGCGUGCAUGAGGAUCGGGCUGGCUGGGAAUGGCGAGACGGGGCUCAUCGGUGGUCGCCCCCGACCGGCGUUCGCCGGGGAUGCGGUGGGCUGUGGCCCGAGCGAGGGAUAUGGCAUGUACGGGGGAUAUGGUCCAGCACGCAUCUGCGGUCCCAUCCACACAGGUGCGCUGUAGAUGGCACCGUUCAUAGGCAUCCGCCCAGGCCCGGGACUUGGCGCCAUCGGGUUCUGGGGCAUCGCAUUCGGGUUCUGGGGCAUCGGGUACAUGCCCAUGGGUGACAUCAUCGGCGAUCCCAUCAUCGGUGAUCCCAUCAUCGGUGGAUAGCCAUAGUUCGGCACCGGCCGCAUCAUCGGGUUUGGAGGCAUUGCGUACGGGGAAUACGCUGGAGGACGGGCGACGGGCGCUGUCGUCGACGGAGGGGAAAUGGAUGGCCGUUGGGGCUGUGCAGGGGACGACGUCGGGACCUGGAAUGCGCGUGUGACAUCUGUGAGCGUGAUUCGUGACGGGGCUGGAGUGACGGCGGUGGGUGGGGGUGUGCCACCGUCUUCUGAUUUCACAUCUUGCAGCGUGAAGGGGAUGGCGCCGAGAUCGUCUGCGAUGGCUUCCAGAGAGUUGACUGUGUGAAUUCCAGGCAUGUUGGACGACCACACAGCCUUGAGCAGUUCCCUGUCGGGCCCUGGAACCGCUUCCUUGGUUGGCACAGUCAGCGUCCAAGAAGGGGCAAUCUGAGGAUAUGAGAGUAGAUGGUCGGAUACAAGAAACUAACAUACCGGUUCACCGGACUCCUUUUCCAGACUCUCCAGCUCACUGUGCACGAUGAAACUCACAGGAGCGGCCUCCGAUCCCUCAGCCGUCGACUCUCGGUAAAACGCAACAGAAGAGCCCGGUGGCAUUUUCGGCCGUGAGCGCGGCCGAGCCGGGCCAAAUGCAUCUGGUCCAUCGCUUUUGGGUGUGAAAGUCGCGGUCGGAUCUGAGGGCAUUUGGGGGGGUGGCGACCGGCUGACUGGAUUCAGGCCUGCUUCUGGCUGCUCUGGUUGCGGUUUGCGCCAGUUGGGCAAGUUGUCUGCAACGGACGGCCGAACAUACAGCCCGGACCCAGCGCUCUUGGGCUGGGCAGGGAUAUUAACGCGCGGGCCAUUGGACCGAGGCCGCGGCAACACCACUCUGAUCUUGGGCUUCCAUUUGCCUGGAUGUCUGAACAAGACGCUGUUGACAGUGAAAUCGCGGCGAGUCAUUCCCUCCACCGGCGGAUCAAACGAAAGAAUGUCCCAGCGCACGAAUUCCUGUCGCUUUGGUACAUGGACGUCUUUGCCCAGCACCCGUGAAACCUUGGGUAAGCGGACAGUAAACGUGUUCCAGACAGACUUGGAGCUGGGAGGCUCGCAUGCGGUGGUGAUCUCCUCACGUGGCGGUGGUGCCCAUCGGUCCAGCUGGGCGACUGGACGUGCCGGUGCGAGCGGCUCCGCAGGUCGAACUUCCCGCUCGCUGACGCUGUUCUGUUCGAUGGCGCCUUUCACGCGCGACAUGAACUCAUCCAACGCGGUCAUAGGCGCCUCCUUGAAGGAGCCUGGGGCCCGGACGGCACGAGCCAGGUAUGGAGAGGAAUGUCCGGCUAAUUCGACCGGCUCAGGGACAUCUUUUGCCGGUCGGUCUUUGCUCUGAUCGAUGACUGCAUCGUCCGGAUUCCGUCGCCUCCAGGCCGAUCGUCGAAAAAGUCGCUUGCAACCGGCCGACCUGGCCGACUGAGCGAGGGAGGACCAGGAGUCAAUGGUAGCGGAGUGAUGGUCGAUGUGUCCACUGGACCGACACCCAUGAACUUUCCCAAUUCA